ACAACUGACCUUUCAGCUUACAUUUGUGGAAACUAUGACAGACAAACCCCAAACAGAUUUGGAAGUCCAGAUUAAAAACCAAGGACUUGAUCCAAAGAAAUGGAAGGAAUUGUUAAAGAAAGAGUUUCAAGUUACAUCAGUUGAGGCUCUCCAGCAUUUAAACAAAGACGACUACCAGAAGCUUGAAAAGCAUGCAGAAGCUGACUGGGAAAGACGUGCUUUAGCCAAGCUGGUUAAUGUUGACAUUUCACCAAAAUCAGAUGAAGAUUUGGAAAAGAAGAUCGAAGACUCAGGCCUUGAUAAGGAGAAAUGGAAAAACAUAUUGAAAGAGGAGUAUGGAAUCACUUCAUUAGUUUCUCUCCAGUACCUAAAGAAUAGUGACCUCCGCUUACUUCAAAAGAGAACUGAAAAAGAAUGGGAGAAGAGAGCCUUGAGCAGACUGCUAAACACUGAGAUUGCACCAAAGAUGACACAAGAGGAUGAGAAAAGGGCUUUGGAAAUGCGUCAAAAAAUAAGUGACGGACUUGGAAAUGUAACUAAAGAUCUAGAAAGCCAUCUCAAAAGAAUUGGGAGAGAUGAGCUUGGCAAGAACGAUCUAAAAGCAUCUGCUGAUAAAUCCUUGAACACUUUAACAGAGUUAAUGAAUAAAAUGGACACAUUAAAGUCUAACUCGGUGAAACGAACAGAAUGGACACCGUCUGAUUUAAUUUACAGAGCAUCAGAAGGUGGCGUUUUCAGAGGAAUCUUGUUCAGUAAUGAUGUUAAGGAUGAACAAGUCUAUCGAGGUAUUAUCUUGGAUAAACCAGUGGAAUGUUGCUUGCUCGGGCCAUUCUUGAGCAUGCAGGAGAAAUCGUACACCUUUCAGUCUUCAGAACAUGAGAGCUCAUUUGAAAGCAGUCUGAAAACAUGUGGCGCUAGUUAUUCAGCUGAACUCCAUGCAUCCUUUGCAGGAUUCAGUGUGGAGGCUGGUGGAGGAACAGCAAGCAGCUCUACAGAUAGCAACAAGACAAGUCGGGCCAAGGCAGAGUCCUAUGGAUCUGUGAUAAAACAAACAUUCAUGCCCAUGGCUUCAUUUGAAUUCACCCACACGCAGUUAAAGCUGUCUGAAGACGCCUUGCAUGUCUUGAAAGAAAUAGAUGACUUUAUGAGCAGAGAUUUGAUUAGUCGACAAAUGGUGGUUUUAUUGCAAAGUCAGGCUAUUAAAUUUCUGCAACGAUUUGGGUCUCAUGUAAAUGGCAGCGUUGUUCAUUUUGGAGGUAUACACUGUGUUAAGGCUUCAUCACAUGAAGUUCAUUCCAGUCAAAUGAAAUCAAAGUUCAAUGAAAUGUCCAGGUCUAUUGAUGCUCAUGUAAAGGCUUCCUUCUCAUUUUAUGGGGGUGGUGGAUUCUCGGCUUCACACAACAAUAGUGAUGCCAGAGAAUCAACAGGAACACAUGAGACCAAUACAAGUGACAUUGAUAUUGCAGUUCAGAUGAUCGGCGGGCCCCAGGAGGCUUGUUCUAUUCCAGAGUGGAAGAGAGGGCUGGUUGAAAACCAGAGCACCUGGAGUGUGAUUGACCGCGGCCAGGCCAGCAAUUUUAUCCCAGUCUGGAACAUCAUUAUGGACAACCACUUCAAGAAUUUCAAUGAUCCAAUGGGACUGGCUUGCAUUCUGAGGGAGUGUUGGAGAGAAAUGGUUGCAAGCCAGGCACGUGGAAAGGGUGCCAGAGUAGAUCAUCCUAAGUGGUGGGAUGAUGAGAGAAUUGAUGAUUUGGUAAAGAAUGGAAAAGAAUGGGAAAGCUUUGAUAUAACUGAUGUAACUCAGUUGUGGGCAGUGAAGAGCUUAGAAAAUCUGGUGAAGAGAAAGAAGUCUUUGACAACAUCAGAAAACUAUGAAGAGCAGGAAUCGCAAAUCAAAGUGAAGUGCGAGAGGCUGAGUAGUCUGAUGGAUGAAUACAUGGAGGAGGAGCAAGCAGAUGAUCUGUGGAAAACCUUUGGUACUGAAUUAAUCAGAGACAGACCUAAAAAAGAAACUGGUGGACAGAGGUAUGGCUACUAUCAUUUCUCACGUUUAUCUUUAUUAUUCUAAAAAUACCAAGCUUUA